AUGUGGUGCAGAAAGCCAUGUCUUCCAAUCGCGAAUCUCUCAUCGCGAAUCUCUCAGCGACAAAUCCAUGCGCGACCAGCGCAAACCUUCAUUGCCCAGAGACAGCGGCUGGAAAGUCGCACUUCAGAGGAGCGGCUGUAUCCGUGUGCCUCAGACUUCAUUCCGGCCCCGACGCAGACGCCCGGGCCAGAGGAGUCUGCUGAGACGCGACGGAAGAUUCAAUGGUCAAAAAGGCCGGAGGAGGUUCUGCUUCACUUGAACAGAGCCAUCAAGGCCAAUCACUUUGAUUCGGCGGUCGUGGGGUCUGCCAUGAAGAGGUGUGAGCAGGGACGCUGGUGGGACUGUCUGUGCCAAGUUCGACUCCUGCAAACCAGGCACCAAGUGGAGAUGACGGAUGUCACCCUGGGGAUCUACCUCACCGGCCUGGCACGCUGCGCCAGCGGCGAGGCCUAUGGCGUGCGAAAGGAUCGGCGAGAAAAGCUGCUGCAGCUGGGGCAAGAUGCCUGGGAUACUUUCGGAAGCUUCUCUGGCUUGAACCAGACACAGGUGGGUAUUUUGCUGAACUCUGCACUCCACCUGUGCUCCAUUGCAGCCAGCGCUGCGGCUUUAGAGUGGGCCGAGCAGCUGUGGCACCUCGCGAGCCUGUCUGGAGGCGAGACGCUCGAGGGAACUUGGCGAUUUGAAGCGACCCGGGUGAACUACGAAACCUUUCUCACCAUCCUCAGCAAGUGUGGUCAACAGCAACGGGUGGAUGACAUGCUUGACAGCUUGGAGGAGAGAGGCUGGAGAGCCAGUCCUGUCCUGGUGGCCGCACUGGUUCACGUGGCGGGGGAGCAGCGGAAUUCUGAGCGCGCUGAGGAACUUUGGCGCAGGUUGGUGGAUCGUGUCGGUGCCAAGCCCAACUUGAUGGCAAUUGCUGCCAGAGCUAAAGCACAGAUGUUGGUGGGAAAGAUCCCGGCCUGCGCGGACAUCAUCGAGCAGGGGAUCGAGCAGGGUGGUAUGACGAUCAACUACAAGGUCUUUGAGAUGCUGGUUCAGGCUUUAACGCUGAUCUACCACUCCUCCUUGAGCCUCGAGGAUCGGCUGCGGCUGCAAAAAGUUCUGGAGUCACAUGCCGUGGACAUUCGUGACAUGAGCACCCGACAGCAGCAGGACUGGGUAAAGCUGCGUGGCGUGGCUGAUGCCCUGCUAGCGGAGCCCAAGCAGCUAAGGCACCGAGAUCUGCUUGUCACGUGGCACGCGCAACGGGCCAUGGUGAAAUGGGCCAACUUCCAGGCAGGAACUGCAUAUUUGUCGAUGGGGGAUUCAUCCAGAAGUUAG